AUUGCGUCCAGCUAAAUCCACCACCGGUGCAUCCUCCCCUCCCUGUGCUACAAAACCCCAAUCCGCCGCCGGCGCUUCCCCAGCCGGCAUGGCGACGGGCGAGGAGGCGAGGGAGCGCGGCGCGGAGUCGGCGGAGAUGGUGCCGUCGUGGCGCGAGCAGCUGACGGUCCGGGCCUUCGUGGUGAGCGCGCUCCUGGCCGUGCUCUUCAGCGUCAUCGUCAUGAAGCUGAGCCUCACGGCGGGGAUCAUCCCCUCGCUCAACAUCUCCGCGGGGCUGCUUGGCUUCUUCUUCGCCCGUCUCUGGGCGGCCGCCGAGGCCAGGCUGGGCCUGCCCCGCCGCCCCUUCACGCGGCAGGAGAACACCGUCAUCCAGACCUGCGUCGUCGCCGCCUACGGCAUCGCCUUCAGCGGUGGAUUCGGCUCCUACAUGUUUGCCAUGAGCAGCAGGAUCGCCGGCCAGGCGACGGAGGCGAAUGACGCCAUGAACAUCAAGGACCCCAGCUUGGGGUGGAUGAUCGGGUUCCUCUUCCUCGUUUGCUUCGUCGGCCUCUUCGCUCUGGUGCCCCUGAGAAAGGUCAUGAUCAUCGACUACGGGCUGAGCUAUCCGAGCGGCACCGCGACGGCGACCCUCAUCAACGGAUUCCACACUCCUCAGGGCGCCAAGGACGCAAAGGAGCAGGUGAAGACUCUUGGCAGGUACUCCCUCUUCAGCUUCCUCUGGGGCUUCUUCAAGUGGUUCUACACCGCCGGCGACGACUGCGGCUUCGAGAGCUUCCCCUCGCUGGGCCUCGAGGCGUACGAGAGGAAGUUCUACUUCAGCUUCUCUCCGAUCUACGUCGGGGUCGGGAUGAUCUGCCCCUACAUCAUAAACGUCUCCAUUCUCCUCGGCGGCAUCCUUUCGUGGGGACUGAUGUGGCCCCUGAUAGAGAAGAAGAAGGGGAGCUGGUACCCGGCCACCGCCAAGGGCUCCGACCUCCAUGGGCUGCAAGGCUACAAGGUCUUCAUAUCCAUCGCCAUGAUUCUUGGUGACGGCUUCUACAACUUCGUCAAAGUCAGCCUGAGGAUGUCCACGGCAUUCAUGGCAGCAGCCAGGAGGAAGAGCACACUCCCGGUGUCCGGUUCCGGUGAUGGCCCGGCGAGGUCCCUGGACGACGAUGACUUGCGUCGCACCGAGUACUUCCUCAGGGACCAGAUCCCGAUGGGCGUGGCGCUGGCUGGGUACGUCGCCGUGGCAGCCGUCUCCGUCGGCGUCGUCCCCAAGAUAUUCCCGCAGCUGAAAUGGUACUACAUCCUGGCCGUCUACGGCAUGGCGCCGGUGCUGGCCUUCUGCAACGCCUACGGGAUGGGCCUCACCGACUGGUCCCUCGCCACGACCUACGGGAAGCUCGGCAUCUUCGUCUUCGGCGCGUGGGCCGGCGCCUCGCACGGCGGCGUCAUCGCGGGGCUGGCCGCGUGCGGCGUCAUGAUGACCAUCGUCGCCACCGCCGCCGAUCUCAUGCAGGACUUCAAGACCGGGUACAUGACCCUGGCGUCGCCGAGGUCCAUGUUCAUCAGCCAGGUCAUAGGCACGGCCAUGGGCUGCGUCAUCGGGCCCUGCGUCUUCUGGCUCUUCUACAGGGCGUUCGACAACGUCGGGCUGAGCGGCAGCGACUACCCGGCGCCCUACGCCGUCGUGUACCGCAACAUGGCCAUCUUCGGCGUCCAGGGCUUCUCCUCCCUGCCCAAGCACUGCCUCACCCUGUGCUGCGUGGUGUUCGCCGCGGCGGUCGUCAUCAACCUUGCGCGAGACCUGGCGCCAGAGAAGGUGUCGAGGUUCAUGCCCGUCCCCAUGGCCAUGGCGAUACCGUUCUACCUCGGGUCGUACUUCGCGAUCGACAUGUGCGUCGGCAGCGCGAUACUGUUCGUGUGGGAGAGGGUGGAUAAGGCCGGGGCGGACAUGUUCGCGCGCUCGGUUGCUUCGGGCUUGAUCUGUGGCGAGGGGAUCUGGAGCAUGCCGCAGUCGGUGCUGGCUCUGGCCAAGGUGCAGCCUCCGAUCUGCAUGAAGUUCCUGUCCAGAUCCACGAAUGCUAGAGUGGAUGCCUUCAUCCAAACCCUCUCGUCCAAGACAUAGCAUCCAUGCAUUCUCGUUUACCCAACUAGUAGUACUACUCAGCUUCGUGAUCGUGCAACAUUAUAUCGCUUUAAUUGAUUUAGUUUGUGCUGCUGGUUUGUCUGCGAUUUUUUAUAGAAGCUUCAUCUAAAUGGCAAGAUCCAAUGUCCUGAAUUCAUAUAUCUUGGUAUGUCCAA